GUUGCCAAGGUAAACUUCUCAAGCAUCACCAGCCACUUCGGGAAAAGUGCUUGCAGUAGUAUCAUCAUGAAUGUGAGGACAUACAACCCGUCCGUCAGAGUUGGCAAUUGGAAUGAAGACAUACAACUCGAGGAGGACACCCUGAAGGACUUCCUGGAGAGGAAGCAGAAGGGACAGCUCCUGAUCCAGCAGUCUCACAGUCUGGGAGCAACACUACUGCAGAAGAGGGACCUGAGCGUAUCUCGUGAUGGGUGUGUCCACUUUGGAGAUGUUGUGAUGUUGACAUGCCAGGAGGCGGCAGACAGAACCAAAUACUCGUCCGGUGUGAAUCCCCGGGACCAGUGUGCACUGGCUGCCAGUUCCACAGAUAUAUCUGGUACCAGGAACUUGGAGCCGGUCCUGCGAUCUGUGUUCGUCAUUAAGAGUGUGGACGGUUCCGCAGAUGGUCAGCCACUGUCUUAUGGUCAAGCUUUCCACCUGUCUACUGUCGAUGAGGCAGGGAAUCUGCUGCUCCACAGUGACCAGGUGUCAUUCAGGAAAAGCGCAAAGAAGUCUCGACACCAAGUCGUAUCUCUAGUGUCCGAGGCCUCCUACCUCACGCAGUGGCAGGUCAAGUGUCGGGAUCCAAGGGUCAGGAUGGAGUUUGAAGGGGCACCUGUUCCUGCAAAUGAACAAGUGAUCAUCACCCACUGUAAGACGAAUCAGAACCUGGCUGUCGAGCAGGCCUUCCUUUUGAGAACCACCAUGGGCCAAGAAUAUGAGAUUUCCUGUAACACCUAUCUCAACUCCCACAAAGCGGAGGAAGACGUCAACAAAUGGGUGUUCAAACUAUCCAUGCCAGGAAAUGAUUUUUAUCCCGUCGCCAAGGAAACCAGCAAUGCAACCUCGGAAUCCAGCCCCCCGACAUCAGCCAAUGCAGUACAGAACGACUGAGGUCCACCACGAGGGAUCAGUAUGCCAACAGUAGUGGCUUAUUUUAAGUCUCAUUUCAUUUUCAUAAAACAUUUGACAGUGGCAUGUAACAAGCUAUUAUUUUUAUAGAUAUUGCAACAAAUUCUAGUGAAUUUUUAAAAAUCCAUUAUCAGGGAAUAACUUGUGUGUUUAAAGUGUAAAUAUUGCCAUAAUUAAAUUUGGAGGUGCCAUUUUCUUGUGAUGUGGAUCAGGGAUAUUCUGAGCUUUCACUAAUCACUCCAUUUUCUGUUUUUGUACCGUAUUCGACAUAAUAAGCGCCCCGCUCUAAUAAGCGCCCACAGCGAUAUUUGCUAAUAUAUUGGCUAGUGAGCAAUCCCAAUAAGCAUCCUUCCUAUUGAUCAAUGUAC